CGGCGGCUGUCACGGGGCGAGCGGGCCGCACCGGGCGUCUGCGGGGCGGGGGCGGCGCUGCGCGGGGCCCCGCUGCUUCCCUUCUGCCCUGGCCGCAGCCGCCCAGCGGCAUCCCCGCUCUACUACCAUGUUCAGGCGGAUUCUGCAGCGGACUCCAGGUAGAGGUGGGUCUCAGAGUUCAGAUUCGGAUUCAUCUGCCGCACCUGGAAAUGUUGUGGAUGUGAAUAAUGAAGGCUCCUCUGAGGGCUUCAUCUGUCCACUAUGUAUGAAAGUGUGUGUAGCUCCCACUGAUCUGUCUGAACAUUACCAGAGUGAGCACACUGGGAUGGAAGGAAGACGGGAACUUCGUGACCUCUCAGCUAUUAGUGGCUUUAUUUGUCCUCUCUGUAUGAAGUCUCAUGGAUCAGCAGAGGAGCUGUUCAAGCACUAUGAAGCAGUGCAUAAUUCUGGCAUUGAUUCAACUCACAGAGGGGAAGGUCAUCUGUCACCAGAAAGGUGAAACAGUACUCAUUUGUGCAUGUGCUUUUGUGCCAGUGUUGAGCUGCUUCUAGUUACACUGUAGCUUUUAUGAAUUUGAAUUUAUGUAGUCAAGUAUUUUAAUGUUGAUGCCCCAUUUCCAAUCAGAAUUAAAAGGGAGCUUGAAACUUACAACUGAUACUGAUGUGUCAGUAAAUGGAAAUCAGAUACAUGUGUUGAUGAUAUUAAGUCAACUGUUUCUGGUUCAAGUGACAAUGCCGAAUUAUAGACCAGAAUGAUUUUCAGAAGUGUGGCAGAAGAAAUACAGGUUCCUUGUAAUUUCCAACACAGAGCUGAGAAUAUCAUCAUUUGAGAGUGGUGAGGACAGCCCUAAAGAUAGAUGAG